AUGCGUUCGACUACCGUUAGCUCCACUCUGCUCCUAUUGGCUGGCGCUGUUGUAGCGCAGCAGAGUGAGAGCGUAGUAACAGAGAUCCCAUCCUCGCUCAUCCAGACGACUGAGCAGAUCUUCACAAUCCAGACAUCAGUCCCGACGGGUACGACCUCAAUUUGCUAUGAAGUCUGCAUCCAGGAGCCGUGCUACGCAUGCUCUGCCAGUCCCAGCGAUGAUCCCGCCAUGAGCUUGCCCGUCGAGACUCUGCCUGUUCCCAGCAGCAUCAGUGACGGCGAUAUUUCCAUGACUCUUCCAAUCGAGUCUCUGCCGCCUGCUGGCUCUAACCCUACACCAACACCUUCAGUUACUGGCAGCAUCCUCACGCACACUCUAUUGCCCCCGAUUCCGCAAACAACUGAUCCACUCAUGUCGAUUCCCCAGGGAGAGACACCUGAGUCCACGGGCACACUCGCAAGCUCUUCUGCUUCGGGGAGCGCUUCGGCCAGUGCUUCCAGAUCUGCGCCAGCUGAGCAGUCAACAGCAGCGGCACCUCCAUCACUCAAGGGGGACAACACAUCGUUCAUGCUUGCUCUGGGUAUUUCAGGCGUAUCGGUCUUGUUCGGCGCUGCGUGGACUCUCCUCGAGAUGUCGGGUCGCGCGAGCUAAGUUCAUGUCUGUCUUUCUUGCGUCGCACAAAGGAACACUUUGUUGCGCAAGGCCCAGCGGCUGGGCCUGAAUUUGAGCUCUUGGGCGUAUUUUAGCAUACGAUUAAACGUAUAAGUACACGGAAAGCGUAAAACAAUCAGGCAGAAUUCUGCCACAUACAUAGCAAAUCAAGCAACG